CUGGCACGGCGCGAAGUGGCGGAGGGCGUCCCUCUGCAGUUGGACCUGCACGUGGCGGGGCACCCGGGGCAGCUCUCCCGGGCGGAAGCGGCGCACGGCGGCCAGCUCCAGCCCCAGUGCGUCGGCGAAACGCACUCUCUUGCGGGUGUCCGGACUACGGCUGCGGGGCGCCCGGGCCCCGCCGCCUCCAGCGGGUGCAGAGCGGGCCCGGCGACCCCGACUCGGAGCGUGAGCGCGGGAUCGGGCCCCGAGCCGCGUCCCGCCCUCGCCUUGCUCCUCCGGCUCCUCCUCGAGGCUGGGCCGCUGGCUGCGGUAGUAGGCGCGCUCUGUCAGCGCAGCGAUAAAGCUCAGGUUGCGAGGGAUGUCGGUGCGGGGGGGCCGCUCGCGGGACAUGGUACCCCCGCACCGGCGGGGCCAGCCCGAAGCGCCACCGCACUGCCCUCCCUUCCUCUCUCCCUCCCGCCUCGCGUUGGUGCAGAAGUCGCAGGGCCCGCUUCAGCAGCCCCUCGCCCUUGUGUGCUCUCCUUGCUGUCACCUCCAGGAUCCUCCACCUCCGUUCGCUCUGCCUCGCCUCCGUGACCACUUUCCCUCCCUAGGGCGGUCAGCUCCUAGGGUCUUUAGACCAUCACAUCCUGCCUCCUGCGAGCUGUCUGCUCUGAGCGUGCGCUCAACGGCGCUCACCCUCGGGUUCCGCGGUCCUCAUGGCUCUGGCCCCCGCCCACAGCCCUGUGACAGGUGGCUCCGCAUCUGUCUUUGCUGCUGCACCAGGGGGCGGGGACUCCACUUCUUGGGUCCCGACUGAGGCCACUCAGCCUUUUUUCAAAAAGUCCUCAACUUUGCCCGCAUGACACGGGAAGGGUUAACGCAGGAAGGAAAGAAUAACCUUCCUUUUUCUUGCAGGGGAAGGUUCAAAACACCCAGCAUGUGACUUUAUCUAAAGGGCUCACCGUUUUCUUUUCUUAAACCUAGGCUCCAGAUUAGGGAGGGGGUCGCGGUGGGUGCAAAGAAGGAAAGGUCUUGAAAGCUGGGUGGAGUCUUUGAAAGAGAAGGCACACAGGCCAGAGCUGGAAAAGUUCAACAAGUGCAUGGAACAUCAGAGACAUUCCAGAAAUGCCGAAUUUGCUCCUAGAUGUCCUGAGGCCCAGUGCUCUUCUCUGGGCAGCCUCGAGGCUCAGGAGCCAUGGUGCCCUCUCAGUCCAGCCCUGCUUUGCCUUCGGCAGCCCUCUCUCUUCCCGAGUUGUGGCCCUUCCCAGGCCUGCGUCCCAGCCCCGCCCCUCUCUCUGGACGCAUCUCUGGGCCCCAUCAUCACCCGGCGCCGGGCCCUCCCUCUUGCCCCCCCUUUCUCCUCCCUCCUUCCUUCCCUCCCUUCCUCCCUCUCUCCCUCCCUCCCAGCUCCUGCACCAGGAAACGGCCCGGAUCCCGGCAGCGGCCUGACCCGUGAGAUCCCUAACCUGGCAGGCGGGCGGGGUUGGAGACAGGCUGAGGUCGGGGGGCUCCAGGCUGGCCGGGAGGAUGAAAGGCCCCAGCUGGGGGCUCCUUGCCACCAGUGCUGGGUCCUAAGAGCUGCCAUCCAGGCUGGCCGCCCGGAUGGCGACCCCAGCCUCAGCCCCAGACACACGGGCUCUGGUGGCAGAUUUUGUAGGCUAUAAGCUGAGGCAGAAGGGUUAUGUCUGUGGAGCUGGCCCCGGGGAGGGCCCAGCAGCUGACCCGCUGCACCAAGCCAUGCGGGCAGCUGGGGAUGAGUUUGAGACCCGCUUCCGGCGUACCUUCUCUGAUCUGGCGGCUCAGCUGCAUGUGACCCCGGGCUCAGCCCAGCAGCGCUUCACCCAGGUCUCCGAUGAACUUUUCCAAGGGGGCCCCAACUGGGGCCGCCUUGUGGCCUUCUUCGUCUUUGGGGCCGCACUGUGUGCUGAGAGCGUCAACAAGGAGAUGGAGCCACUGGUGGGACAAGUGCAGGAGUGGAUGGUGACCUACCUGGACACACGGCUGGCCGACUGGAUCCACAGCAGCGGGGGCUGGGCGGAGUUCACAGCUCUAUACGGGGACGGGGCCCUGGAGGAGGCGCGGCGUCUGCGGGAGGGGAACUGGGCAUCAGUGAGGACAGUGCUGACGGGGGCUGUGGCACUGGGGGCCCUGGUAACUGUAGGGGCCUUUUUCGCUAGCAAGUGAGAAAGUCCCAGGGCCAGGUGGGGCUAGGUAUGGCUGGGGGCCAGGAGAGCAGGAACAGAACAGAGAAUUGCCCUUGGAAGAAGUGGAGUGAAUGGAUGGGCGGGCAUGGAACAGGGAUGGGCGGGGGAAAGGUAGUGUGUGAGGGAGCUGAGUAUGCCAGGCAGGCGAUUGGAAGAGUGAGCUGGAGACACUGGGGAAUGUUUUGGGAAGGUCAGGGGAGCAGGAGAUGGAGUCAUUCCAGGGUUGGGGGGAGGUGGGAGGGAUCAUGCCUAUAGGUGUGGGCCCAUGAAACUACCUGGAGCCUGGUUUGCAGCCCUGAGGAAAGUGGACUUUCAUAAGGGGUUACGUCUCCACUGGAUGACUGGGAUUUGGGGAACGCAGAAGGCACAUCCCUUUGGAAUGGAAACUCAAGGUUCUCAGGUGAUAGGGAGAGGUGGCUGUGACAGUGGGCUGCUUGGACACACAUGUGCAUGUGCACGCGUGCUCAUGUGCAUGCUGGGCUGCUUGUCUAAUCUAACCUGGUGGUGGUAGGAUUCCUCAAGGAGAAAACAUUCCUUCUUGCAAUGGCAAGAAAAAGGGGCAGUUCUCUGUCCCUCCUCCCAACCUUCCCCCCACCCCCACAUUUUCCCUCCCCUUGCCCUGAUGCCAGAAAGUCGUUAGCAGGACUUUGGAGACAAGAACGGUUUUGCAGCUGGCCUUGUUCCUUCAUCAUCCCCCUUCCUUGUGCAUCUCACACUUGCUGCUGCCUCCCGGGCACUGACAGAAGGACAGGGCUGUGGAGACUCGGUGGGUGGCGGCUUAGGUAGCUGGACUUGCCUGCCACCCUCCCCUCCCACUGGGGCACAAUGGUGCCUGGAGUGUACCCUAUCUCUGGGACCUCUGUAUCCAAACUGAAACUCUAAAUUGGGGCCCUAAUUUUCGUUUUGAGGGGGUGGACGUAAAUGCCAAUCUAGAAUACACUCUGAGUCCUGCACUGUGUCUCAGUGAGACUGUUGAUGCCUUGAGAGGACCAUUCCAGCUCUGAACCCAUGGGUGUGAGGGUGAUGGGUACUCCGUGACUGGCCUGUUCUGUGUGGUGGGCUUUGGUGCUGCUUUAUCAGGGGCCAGGAAUAUGGGUUCUAGAGUACCUACCAUGACCUAGAAGCAUUUCUGUUUUCUUUGAAACCACGCUGUUUGCAUGGGUGUUACUUGUCUGUACCUCAGAGUCUGAGGAUAACUUUAGAACUCACAGUCCUCUAGAACAGAUUCAGAUUAUAGCUUUUUCUUUUAAGGAAGAAAUGAUUCACUCCAGUUGCAUGCCCUGAGCCAGACCUCACUGCUGCACUUUCCAAGGUGCUAAAAUUGCUGCUCUCCAAUGCUGACUUUCAGAAACAGUGCUCUAGACCCCUGACCGUGAUCCUGAGCACUGAUCAGCGUAGCUAGACCAUGGUUGACUCUUCUUGGAGAUUUUCACUUGGUCCCAGAAUGUGGCAACAUAGUUGUACUCGCUAGAAUGGGGGACCAAAUUGGCCUCAGGGGUUUAGUCCAGACUUUUGCUUUUGAGAGAGGGCUGCACUUUUUAAUGGUAUUUAUAGGGGAGGUGGUUGACUGCAUGUGCUACUUGGUCUGUUGUGAGUAUGCUGAUACCAGAAACUCAGAGCUGGUCUGUGGCAAGCAGUGGGGUGGGGGGUCUCUGACUUGCUCAGGACAAACUAGGCCAGUGGUUUUCAAACUGCUUGGCAGAGCCCCAAAGUUUCCUAGGGGUUGCCUCAGGAGUCCUUGGGGAGAUGAAGGGGGUAGGGGGGCUGAGCGGGCUGGGCGACUUGCCCUCAAACAGAACAGCUCCCCUUGUAGCUGUCUUACAUAUCGGGGUUCAGGGUAAGAUUUUGUUUGCAUUAAGGGGUUUGUUGCUAAAAAAAGUUGGAAAACCACUGACUAGAUCAUCAGCUCCAAAUUGGAGCCUGUGCUCCCUCAGGUUUGGGGCAGACUCUUCACCGUACCCUCUACCACAGGACGCCAUCCCGGUUAGCAUCCCUGCGGGCCUUUAGCAAACAGGGGCAGCAGGGACCAUGGCCAAAUUACCAAAAUGUUUUGCUCUGAGGCCCUCAUACCUGGGUGGAAGGAGAGGCUAUUUUCUGAAAGGGUAAAGGGCUCGGUCUGGAUUCCCAGAAGUAUAGCUUGGAUGGGACCACAGUGGGUAGUUUUGACCUGUCCUACCCUUCUUAGUUUGAGGGGCAAUGGAAACCCCAGAGACUCUUCUGUCAGGGAAAACUAGGGACUCUCUUCUAGAGCCAUAUAGUUGCUUGGGAUUAGCUCUUGGCCAAGACGGCUGAGUAUGGCUCCCAAUUUUUAAAUCCAUUUCAUUUUUUAAAAAAAUAAGGGAAAUAAAUAUAAUUGCCAUUUUUCAAAGAUGAAAUAGGUGGAGAGGGUGUUUCUUGCUCUCCAGAGCCCAAAGGGACAAAUAGGGACUUUGCUUAGGCCAAGGAAGGAGCGGAAAUAGGGCAACUCAGUCCUGAGAUUAUUAAUCCUACUCUCCCACUCCCCACUUAUUCUAGGGCAUACAUACACUAUUUUACUUUUUUAAAUCAUAAAACAACAGAACAGAUUUGGUUAGUUUAGAAGAAAAGAAGAAGCUCUAUAAAUAUAAAUAUAUAUUCCUGUAUUUUUAUUUAAUAAUUUAUAAAUACCAAGUUCAUUUGACUUUUAUUUUUGUGUAAUAUGUAAUUGUCGUAUUAAAAAAAUAAAUAAAGCCCAGAGUUUAAUGAGAA